AUGCGCCGCCUGUCAAUGCGAUAUCAACGUGACAGUCACGACGACUCGGAUUCUGACGAGUCUUUCCACUGUUGUGGAAGACCCGAAGACCUCCUCGACAGCCCGCCGAGACCCACGAGUGAGCCGAAGAAGCUUUUAUCCCAAGCUUACAAGGAGGUGUUCGUGCCGGAGGAUCAAGAUUUCUUCUGCUAUCAAUCCGGGCUCGAACGCCAACAGCGAGAACAAUCGAUCUCGACUGCCGGCCCGUCACAGGUCUCUGGCCGGGCUCCUGUUGCUCGCGUCCUAGGACGCACUUGUUCCGCCGAGUCCGACAAAACUUUGGUGGCCGAAGAGCCCGUGCUUAGCUCGAUCUGUCAUCGCGCAGCUGCCGCCUCCAAGGCCAAAGUCGCGAAGAGCAUCGAUAAACAUCUUCCGAUCAACCUCUGUCUCCCGAAAACCAAGUGUCAAGACUUCUCCGCAAAAGUCAAACAACGGUUCGAAGCCUGCUAG